GUAAAAUGUAGGUGGCUGCUGCUGAGUUAACUCCAUGUCGCCCAGCUGAAGAUGGUUUUUGGGAUGAUGUUGUGCACGACUUCCAGACCCUUCCCAUUCAGAUUCCCACACGUCAAGAAAUAUCCAUGGAAUUACUUAUGAAACGGCCAAGAUACCCAUCCAAAUACGUGGUCAGCCCUUUUACAGACCCAAGAGCAAAGCGGAGGAAAGCCAUCACUGAACCGAGUCACACCAUCAACCCAAUCUUCAUCCAUGAAAGCCUGGAGGACUGGAAUGAACUGAAGGAUUGGAUAGAAGCAGAUGACAGUCAGCCUCCUUACUCUGUGGUUUUACUUAUUCCUGAUGAAUUUGAAGUGAGUAGAGGCUUUUUUCAAGACCUUGUGACAUGCAACUUGUGGUUGGCAACCUAUCAUGUUGAUGCCCUAACAUUCAUUUUGAAUAGAGACAAUGCGCCAGAUAACACUACAAUACUUAGCCCCUAUCUUGUGGAACAAAUAAUGAGGAAGUUGUCAAAGAUUGGGCUGCAAACAAACUUUUAACCAAACAAGAUUGGCGAUCAUUGGAAAGGAUCAGGAGAGUGCGGAGUGAUGAUUGCAGCCUUUGCAGAGCAUCUUUUAAUGGGAAAGGACUUGCUUCCAGGUUGUGAGUAUGCCAACAUGUGGAACAAGAGAUGCCAA